CACCGCCCCAAUUGUGUAUUUCCACUUAGCCACGAGCUCUCCACACGCUAUCCAGUCUUCCUUCCUCUCACUCUCUCUCUCCCUCGCCGUCUCCGCCUUUCAUUCUCCGUCAAUCGCCAUGGCCGCCGCAGCUAUGACCAGCAUUGUGCCUGUGGCAUCCAUUGCCCCCGUCUCCAAGGUCGCCAACGUGCGCCCCUCGUCGGUGUCCGUGGCGAAGGCUUUCGGUUUGAAGAGCAGGAGCAUGGGCCGCCUUACCUGCAUGGCCACCUACAAGGUCACCUUCCUGGACGGGGAGACUGGAGCGGAAAAUGUCGUCGAAUGCUCUGACGAGGAGUACGUGCUGGAUGCCGCUGAAAGGGCCGGAAUGGACCUGCCUUACUCCUGCCGUGCCGGAGCUUGCUCCUCUUGCGCCGGUAUAAUCAAGGCCGGAGAGGUUGACCAGAGUGACCAGAGUUUUUUGGAUGACUCUCAGAUUGAUGAUGGUUUCGUGCUGACCUGCGUGGCUUACCCAGCCAGCGACUGCAUCAUCCUCACCCACCAGGAGGAGAACAUGUAGAGGACUGAGAAGAAGUGUGGGAGGAGUUGAGGCGUUGUAGAAUAGGAGCUGAAUUCGCUCAGUUUCCUUUUCUUGUUGUAAAUUAGAGUUUAGUGAAUCAAUUCUUGAACUUGGGAUUGCGCAAAUUGAAGGUCUUGUUCCCAAAUUUUCCACAAA